CUCAUUGGAUCAUCAACUACAUUCCGACAUACGACUCCAACAGAUAACGUAUUGUAGAACCGGCAUAAAAACCCCCUCUCCUUCUUUCUAUUACAACUCAACUGGCACUAUCGAAGAGCAAGCGUGCUCUUUUUACCGUCGGUUUUAUAAAGUGCAAACAUGGCAGAGGUAGACGAAACGCAGAAGAAGAAGAGGACUUUCAGGAAGUUCACUUUCCGAGGGGUUGAUCUCGAUCAACUCCUGGACAUGCCCAAUGAGCAAUUAAUGGAUUUGAUGCAUGCAAGAGCACGUAGACGGUUUUCCCAUGGACUGAAAAGGAAGUCUAUGGCACUUGUUAAGAAGUUGCGCAAGGCAAAAAAGGAAACUCCUCCUAAUGAAAAACCUGAAAUUGUCAAGACCCAUUUAAGAAACAUGAUCAUUGUUCCAGAAAUGGUGGGUUCUAUUGUUGGUGUUUACAAUGGUAAAACAUUUAAUCAAGUUGAAAUUAAGCCUGAGAUGAUUGGGCAUUAUCUUGGAGAGUUUUCUGUUACAUACAAACCAGUGAAGCACGGUAGACCUGGUAUUGGUGCUACACAUUCUUCACGAUUUAUUCCACUUAAGUGAGAUAUAUGUAUUUAUAUCAAUAAAUUAUAUUGUUUAUGCUAAA